GGAGGACAGGCGGUUGAAUUAAACUCAAAACAAACAAGCUGUGCUGUUGGAACACGCUACAAGUGUACUUUUCUUUGCCGUUUUACCUUUAAAGAUGGAGAUAGGAGAAACGAUAUCCUUGCAGUUGGACCUGGAGCAGUCUCGGAUGUUCUGGAGCAACAUGCAAGCUGUGUCAACCAACAUGGUGUCUAUGACUGAGAAUGUUUUGGCCAGUGUGAAGGACAUCUGUAUAACUACUGUUUCAGAUCAUGAGGACGUCCCAAAUGAGGUAACGUCUCUGGAAAAGAAAUGUCAUGAGAUCCUGAGGGUUAUACAACAACAGACCAGAGACUGGCUGCAGCACAUGGAAGAAGUCCAACAAACCAAAGACAUGGAAACGCCAGAGGUAACCAGCAAUGACAUUGAGGCUUUUAACACUGUGGAGCAGCAGGAAUGCCCAUCCACAGCUGAACUGGAAGAGAUGGAAGUCCUGAUCGAAGCCCUGACACAGUCCUGCCCACCACAGUUGGGGAGGGCAUGGCAGCACCAAAGUAGGAUCAGGCCUGCGCUCCAGCAGCUAUGUGAGCGGGUCUCCGUCGCUGUGGAGGAGAGCAAGUUACAUCAGGCCGAGAGGGAUCAGGCCCUGGAGGACAGCACAAAGAUGCAGCAAGACCUGGAGCGAGCAGAAGCAAGUCUACAGGAUGCUAUGGCACAGAUUCGAGAUUUGAACACACAGAUCACCAUCCUGAGUACAGAGAUGGUGGCAUUGCGGCAAGAGCUGACCGAGGUAGAGCAGGAGAGUGCCCAGCUGCAGAAGUGCAACACAGAGCUCUCGGCUACCAUUACCUCCACCAUGGCUUCCUACGCCUUUCUGGAACAGGCUCUUGGCAACGAAACCAAGAAGUUGGUUCUUCACACAUCAAUGGCACAGGAAGCCAGAGAAAAGGCCAGUGGUCUGGAGCAGGCUCUGGAGGCGUCCCAAUGCAGAGUGCAGGAGUUAACUGAAUCCCUUGCUGAAAUGGAGAACCAAGCCAUGGCCCAAGCUGCGCAGCAGGGACCCUUACAGACUCUUGAGGCUGAAAUAGCCAGGUUGAAUGAGCUCAAUGAGUUCUUGGACCUGGAGACCAAGGUAGCUCAGGAGCAAGCAGUGCAGAGUAGUGAGAUGUUGUGCAGACAGCUGCAGAGCCUGCGAGAGAGGAACCUGGAAUGUGAGGACCUCAAAGAUGCCCUGUCCAGAAUAAGGGAGGAGAGGGAUUCCUUUGGGGAGCAGCUGAACAGGGAGCAGACCUUGGUCCUGGAACUGAGCGAACAGAUGUCCCAGGUCACCGACACUACCAAAACACUCUACCAACGAAUAUUCAUGCUCACCACUGUGCUGGAACUCGCCCUGAAUGACAAGACACAGGCACCAGAGUCCUCUGCAGAGGAACAGUCCACCUCAAUUACCAGCCCUGGCGAAGAGAAGCAGGACCUGAGCAGUAAGACUAUUCGUGAUGCAGGAGUGAAGAAUGUCCAUAUUAAUGGACUGGGCAGUACAAGUAGUGCCUUCUCUCGGGUAGCAGCCACCACAGAUAAUAAAGAAGAAGACACGAUUGCAGCGGCGACAGAUCUGACAGACAUGUUUACCAAGUUCCAAACCAUAUUUAAUCAGUAUGAGCGACACCGGGAUGCAGAACUGGACCAACUGCGUAAAGCCAAGGAGGAGCUAGAGGAGCAGCUGCGUGAUGACUCCCACCGGCACCAGCAGGAGGAGCAGAAGCUGCAGGAGCAGCUGCACGAGGUCGACAAGAACAGCGCCGCCAAGCUGAAGGACCAGGAUCAGAAGUCAUUGACAAAGUGGUCCACUGACAUAAAUAACUUCAUGGAGAAGAAUCACAAGCUUAAACUGGAGAACAUCGAGCUGCGGAAGAAAGGGGCAGAGUGGAAGCAGCUGUUGCAGCAGUCUGAAGUAGAGGGGCAGAUCCUGAAGGAGGAGAUCGCCCAAGCGGCACACCAGUCAGACUCCACCACUAAGGCCAUGGAUGAAAGGAUCCUUCUCUCUAAACAGGUUGAGAAGCUAAAGCUUAAUCUCGCUGAGGCAGAGGAAUCCAAGUCUAAGAUAAUGGAAAAGGCAAAGAGACAUGAAAGUGUCCACAAGAUCAAUCAGAGCAAGCUGGUGCGAGAGCUUCAUUUGCUGGAUAGCAUGAUGGAGACCGUCAGGAAGACUCUGGCCUCUAUGCCCCAUGUGGUCAACAACUGUGUGGAGCUGCAGAAACUGAUGGAGUAUCUGGGAUAAAGUUGUUACAUUUGCCUCUUUUUUCACUGUUACGUCUUUACUUCUUUCCUUACUUUACUUCUACUUUACUUCUUUCCUUACUAUUUUUCUUUGAGAUACGUAAACAUGCUCUUUCUCUGUUGUGAUUUUUUUUUUAGAAUUAAGUGCAAUGUCCACUCAAUAAACUCAGUCCUGUAUAUGACA